AUGGCACGGAAACAGAAGAAAGAACAGACGCCCGAGGAGCACACAGAGGACGACUUUGUAAACAACGACGAGAGCGAAGGCGAGAACGACAUGGAUGAAGAAGAUGGCCCGCCUGCAAUCGACCCGUACGAGGUGCUGGGACUCGAGGUAGAAGCUACCGCCGACGAGGUGAAGAAGGCAUAUCGCAAAAUGGCGCUCAUGUGCCACCCGGACAAGGCAGCACCUGAUGAGAAAGAAGCCGCCAACAAGGCCUUUCAAGAGAUCGCAUUUGCAUAUGCCGUACUCUCAGACGACCGCCGACGCAAGCGCUAUGACCUCACGGGCAGCACAGCCGAGACAAUGGAGGACGACGAUGACUUCAAUUGGCUGAAGUUUUACCGGGAGCAGUUCGAGAACGUCGUCAAUGAGGAGGCGAUCAACAACGUCGCAAAUGAAUACAAGGGCAGCGACGAGGAACGUCGCGAUCUAGUCAAGGCAUUCAAGAAAGUCAAGGGCAACCUGAACAAAGUGUACGAUCUCGUCAUGCUGUCCGACAUCCUCGAAGACGACGACCGCUUCAGGCAGAUCUUGGACGAGGAGAUCAAAAACGGAAACGUCAGCUCGUACCCUGCCUACGAAGCCGAGACAGAUGAGACCCGCCAGAAAGCCAAGGAUGCGGAGAAGAAGCGGCGCGAAGACUUUGACAAGAAACAGGCCAAGAAGGAAGCAUCAGGGGCCACAAACGGCAAGACCAAGGCGAAGCCAAAGGGCAAAAAGAGCGGCACAGACGACAUGGCAAGCCUAGCAGCUCUGAUACAGGGGCGCCAAAAGGCAAGAGCGGGCAAUUUCUUCGAUUCGCUAGAGGCCAAGUACGCGCCCAAGUCGCGAGGUUCAAAGCGCUCGACGCCCAUGGAGGAGCCAUCAGAGGAGGCGUUUGAAGCUAAUCGCAAGAAACAGAAGAAGAGUGCGAGCUCAAAGAAGAAGGCCAAGGUAGAGAGUGAAGACGAGGAGAUGGACCUGGACGAGGAAGAUAUUGGGGAUUCUGAGGAGGAAGAGGAAGAAGAGGAAGUGCCUAAGUCAAAGAAGGCGAAAGCGAAACCUAAAGCACGCGGAACACGUACAAGGGGGCGGGCUUAA